UUGGUAAGUAAUCGGAUCAGAGGCGGAGUGUGUGAGCGAGUGUGUGUGUGUUUCUUUUGGGGUUGGAAUGAAUAUUUCUGAGGCUGGUUACUGCGGUGUAGAGGAUUCUCAGGCCGGGAGCUGUGGGUUGGACGCGGCGACCCCCUCCCCAUGGGCUCAGUCCGGGAGUCCUGCCUCUCAAUCCGGAUCGGAAGCAGCUCAGCUCACCGCCAAACCCGAGGGGAGAAGUGAGCUCGAAUCCCGGAUCCGACGCCCGAUGAACGCGUUCAUGGUUUGGGCGAAGGACGAACGCAAGAGGUUGGCUCUGCAGAACCCCGACCUGCACAACGCGGUGCUCAGUAAGAUGUUGGGACAGGCUUGGAAAUCUCUCCCGACCGAUGAGAAACGUCCCUUCGUGGAGGAAGCGGAGAGGUUGAGAGUCCAACACUUACACGACCACCCCAACUACAAGUACCGGCCUCGCAGGAAGAAACAGAGCAAGAAAAUCAAGCGGAUUGAGGGCAACCUUCUGGCCCACCACGGCCUGUCCCAGAGCCAUGGCUCUGCGCUCAGGAAUAGCCCGGCGAUUUGCGCCGAGUCUUUCGCUCUCAACGCUCACGAAGGAAGGCACCAACUGCCAGCUCUGGCCCGUUACCACGACUUACACGUGAUGGGCUCCGACUUGGAGAGCUACGGGCUGCCCACCCCAGAGAUGUCUCCACUGGAGGUGUUGGACACCGACCCUGUGUUCUUCCCUGCUCAGGAGGACUGCGGUGUCUCUUAUACGCACUUUCAGCUUCACCCAGACUACAUUCAGGACAAGCCCAGGACUUUGACACAUCCCUCGACAGGAGAGAUGACUCCUUACUCCGAUCAGAUGCCUGGUGGGAUGCCCGAGUUGCUCAGGAACCCACCCAAUUUGUACUAUGACCAGCUGUGCCCCGGGGCUCAGGGUAGUGGGAUGUCCAGCCAUUUGGGCCAACUCUCACCCCCUCCUGAGGCACGGCCAGUAGACUGUAGUGUGGACCAACACUUGGGGCAUCAGGUUGAGCUGUGGACAGAUGUGGACCGCAACGAGUUCGACCAGUAUUUGAACCUGACCAGGACUCGUCCCGAUUGCUCUAGCCAACACUUCCAUGUCUCACUGUCGAAACGCCACCCCAGAGGUAUGUCUUGCGAGGAGAGCAGUUUCAUCUCUGCACUGAUAGACGCCAGCAACGCUGUCUAUUACAAUCCCUGCAUCACAGGUUAACUAGUUAUCUUGCCCCUUCCUUGUGUUUCUAAUUAUAAGUGCUCUGGGACGCUACC